AUGGUUUUCAUCUUUAUUUCCCACACUGUCUUGUACAGGUUUUUAAUCUCCUCUGGUAUUACUGGAAUGUUUUGUACCGACCCCUCAUACUCAAUUAAUAACUGUCUCAUCUCAUCAUUCCAUAAGUUUAAUCUUUUUAAAUCUUCCAUCAAAAACUUAUUUACACACUGA